CCUGGAAUCAGAUUUCGAAGGAGUUUAAUGCCAGCUACGAGAACUUGCCGCUGAGUGCCCCCUUCUCGGCAGACGAGCUGCAGUGGCGUUGGAACUUGCUGCUACCGACCAUGGGCACCCUUUCGAAGGCGAAGGGACAAAUUCCCUUUCAACUGUGGUCCCUUGUGACGGAGAUCGAACGCUCGCUAAGUACAGAAAAUUUGGAACCACCCAGGGACUUGAUUAUGGCCCAGAACUUUCUACUCACUCAGCUGCCAUUGGUGGAGGCCAUGACGCUCAAUGAGCGUCGGCGACUGGAAGUCGUGUUCCUCGAUAUCUUAUUCUAACACGAAAUGGAGACACAUGCGUCCGUACCACUGGGUCCCGAAGAUCAGGCCACAGUCAAGACCGAAUACGAUGAAUUCCUCAGAUCUGUUCGGGUCAAGGAGCUGCCCAUAUCGGCUCUGGCACAACUCUCGCUUGAUGGUCCUCAGUACAAACCAGUCCAACCAAAAAUCGCACACACUUUUGCCAUCCCAGGUCCCCGUCCCAAAACCAAUCUGGCCAUUAGCAGUGUGUCUGGUGGCCAGGAUCUCAUUAAUGUCCCGACGGCGACUGUUUUCAUACCGAUUCAAGCUUUCACGAGCAAUGUGGUUGGACCCAUUAAUCCCGCGCCGGACGUUUCGACACCGCUUGAUAUCAAUGUGAUUGGUGCCAAGAAGGAACCCGUUGAGUGCCCGCCGUCUGUUUCACCACCGCUGGACAUUAAGACAGAGGUGGAGGUGGCCCUUGCGGCCAUUGAGCUUGCCAUUGAGAUGGAAAAUGUACGGGAAAAUAACCCAGAAGAGGCACAAGAGAAAUCACCGGAGAAAAACCGCACUCCCGUGGAGAAGCCCGAUGAUGCCACUCUAAAUCCUAAUCCGCGGUAUAUACCGAUCAAGAGCGCCAAGUACUACACAAAGAAGCUACUCGUUCGGGUGAAGCGCAUUGAUCAGGACUAGUAUUUGCCGCUGUCCAGCAUGGCAAAGCGCCCAAAGAAACGUGAAUCCAUGUACAUCAAAUGCACAUAAGUUUAUUUUAAAAAAUACAUUACUAUAAAUUAC